AUGUAUAUGCAUUUAUAUGUAAUAUAAAACCGUGGUAUAAGUACGAAAUAAAAUGUCUGCAUGUCUAUAUGUAUAAGAAAUAUUUUUGAAGCCUCUAUAUAUUUAAGCGUCAAACAAUUAUGAUUUUAUCCUAUAAAAUACCCACCAUAGAGCGAUUAUUUCUUUUCAAUUGUCUGUGUAAGAUUCAAUUUACAAAUAAGGAAACAAGGAUUCAUAUUUAGUACUUUGUUGCUUUAUUAUUUAGUACCAUUCAACCUGUCUAAUGAAGCAUUGGAAAUUCCAACUUUCGUUUUCGUAUAGUACAAUUUCAAUAUAAGCAUGUCGAGAAUACCAGAUUACGCUCACAAUUUAUCACUUAAAAUGUCUCAAGUGAUGGAUAUGAUUGGUGUAAAUGAGAAGAUUGUGAUGAAAAGAAGAAGAUCAAACCUACUGAAUGAAUCAAUAGUGACGGUAACUCAUCAGGUACGCGGUAGAGAUCUGAAUGGGUUUAUUUUCGGUAGUCAAAUAGAAGGUACAACAACUCUAGGAUUAAAUUCUGACGUAGAUUGUCUUAUAUCUAAGAACAAAUUUAAUGUGAUACAAGAUUGGAGUGAAUGGGUAUAUGGUAAGCGUAAUUUCUUAAUGAUACGAGAUGAGUAUGUCUCGCCAGGAUAUUGUUUGUUACAAAAAUUAAGAGAUGAUGCUCCACUACCAGAAGUAGCUGAAGUUGAUGACAAUUUAUAUAGAGACAGAAUGGGGAGAAUAUUGUUGCAUAAUACAUUAUUAAGUGUUGUUGGAAUUAAUGAAUUAAUGAGACACGGCCCAGCCCAUUCUCGACAAGAUGUUCCUGGGGUCAGUGAUAAUGUUUUGCCUUUCCCUGUCAUUUAAGACCAGUUCAAGCACGGCAUUGGUUAAAUCAGCAUAGAGAGGAGCAUUGGCCUACAAAUGAUAUGAUACAGUACUGUAGUAACACGCGAUGUUUUGUUGUUGGCGUUGGAAAAACAGGAAGUGUAAAUGAAGCAUUUGAAUGGAGAAUAUCCACAUCAAUUGCAGAGAGAUAUUUAAUGUUUAAUCUUAAUAUAACACAAAUCAGGUGUUUUGUUUUGAUGAAAAUGAUUUUGAAAACAUUCAUUACUCAAAGAUAUCCUGACAGCAUUUCAAGUUUCAUGUGUAAAACAGUUUUGUUACAUUGUAUUUCAUAUACAAGAUCUGACGCAUGGAAGGAAAAUACCCUCUAUACUUGUCUAUCAUUUUGUUUAUCAACACUUUACAACUGUGUUCAAAAUGAAUAUUGCCCUCAUUUCUUCAUCACACAAAAUAACUUGAUGAGCGGGAGAUUGUCUCAGGAAACUAAGCCGUUAAUACUUGAAACUCUUCGAUAUUUAAUCGAAAGUAAUGGAAGUGCAUUACUCGAAAUUGAAUGUGACAACUUUGGGUCAUCUGUACAGUCAACUAUUAACGGUUUUGUACCGGUACCUGCACAUUUUGUACCAACACUGAUUGCCGGACAGUUACUUAAAGAUACAGCCCUUACUAAAAGCGUGCACUUCCAAUGUCUGUUACGUGGUAUGUGCAAUUUAUCACCAAUACGAUUCAAAAGCUUUUAACAUUAAUCUCAAAUCAACAUAAUGAGAAGUUCUCAAACAUAGAUAGAAAAGCUUACUGUUUGUUAACACGAUAUCUAUGUUGUACACUUGGGUCUAUUUUAGCAUCUUUAAACAUUUACCAUCAAGAACAUUUUACAUACAAUAAGGCGCUUUCAUUCAUGUUAUUAGGACUUGACUCCGAUGUAGCAUCUGGUAAACUGAAACUAGCAUCUUUUUUCUACUGUAUCGGAGAUAUUGAGAGGACUGAACUUAUCUUGAAAAAAAUUGAGGAAUGUUAUGAUCUAAGUGUUGUUGAUCCAGUGUGUGUGUGUUACGAUUUCAAACACGGUGCAAGAAGAGAAAGAUUUAACAGAUUAUGUUAUGAAUCAAAUGAAGAAUGCACACUGCUUAAACAAUUAACAGCAUCGUGUGUCCGUUUUAUGCGAUGUGAAAUAAACUGUUGUCCAUUUGAACUUCAACAUGAAAUGUUUAGAUCAACACAGGAAGAUCUUGCUUACAGAGGUAGCUUUGAUGAUUGGAUGGAUUUCGCUGUUGUUGACUCUCUCCCGUAUCUCUAUUUCUUGCAGUACAAGACAUAUUCCCGUCUAGGAAGACUAGAUAAUAAUCAGAGGGCUCUCUCUAACAUUGCCCGAACCAUUAAUGUUGAACCAAAUCUCGGACACAGGGAAACAGCACUAAAUAUUCUAGGCCAGUGUAUGGAACAAGAGAAUAAUCUAGAAAAUGCUUUCAAAUGUUAUGCGCGUUCCCUUCAGAUUAGAGGACGAAAUAAUUCGGCAAAAUUCCAUAUUUGUAAUAUGUUACAUAAAUUGAUUAAUUACUAGUAUUCACUUGAUUUGCAAGAACUGUAUAAUUGCAUUAUCACCAAUCGAAGAAAAAUAUACACCAGUGUUACCUUGUUCAAUGGCCAGAUUUAUUAACGCGAACCUAGUUUUGAACAUAAAAGAGAUAAAGCCUUUUAAAUUAUUAAACAGUGUAACUUUUAAACAAUGAUAUUAAAAUGUUUUGCUAUCCCUGCAGAUACGAGGACGGAAAAAAUUGGCAAAAAGUCAUAUUUGUGAUCUUAUCAUCACAGUUUUUGAUUUUAACUUUAUAAUAUAUGAUUUGAUUGGGAAAUUAUUAAAAUAGUCCUAAAUAAAGUAAUUUCUAUCGAAUGAAUCAUUAGUAUAUUACAAAACGUAUUUUAGUUUGAAGAUAUUUUUUUCUGAUGUUUAUCUCAAAUUAUCAUUACGUAUUUAUUAAUCAUGAAUUUAACAAGAAAUGAUUUUUUAAGAUUUUUGUGUAACAUUGCAAUGUUUAUUUAUUUUUACAUCAGAUGAUGGAACAUAAUGAGUGACUACCAAAGACCAUAUAUAAACGCAUUGAGCAUGAAUAUAUUGAGCAUAAUGUGUGACUUCACAAUACGUUUUAUGAAUGUAUGGAGCAUAAAAACGUACUGAGGAUAAUAAGUGACAACAUAAUGUUAUAUAUGAACGUUUGAAGCAUAAAUGUUUUCAGCAAAAUGUUUUACUUGACAAUACUUUAUAAUAACAAAUUGAGCUUAAAAGUAUUGUGACUACACAAUACCACACAUAAAAUCAUUAAAUACAUUGAUGUCCUUGCUUUUUGCAUAAAGGUAUUGAGCAUAAUGUGUGAUUAUACAAUACGUUAUUUAAACGUAUUGAUCUAUAAGGUAUUAAGCAUAAUGAGUGACUACAACAUACCAUAUAUAAGCGUACUGAGCAAAAACAUAUUGAGCAUAAUGAGUGACUACACAAUACCAUAUAUAAGCGUAUUAAGUAAAGCGUAUUGUGACUAUACACAAUACCAUACAUAAACGCAUUAAUAUCUUUAAAUCCUUGUUGUGUGUAUAUUAUGUGUACUGUAUAGACUUUACGGUAUUAUAUCGCUACUUGAUCAUAUGAUAUAAAAUGUGUUCGAUUUUUUGCAAUAAAAUUAAAACA